GUGGCUCAGCAGCAGUAAUGGAAUCUCAUGAUAGGGCAUAGGAGAAGGAAUAAUGAAAGGAAUAUGACUAAUUGGAAUUCUUAAAAUAUUAAUCAAUAUAUAAGUGUUUUGGGGAUUAGUUUUGAGGAUUUGGUCACUUAUCGCCCCGUAUAGAUACAAGUACACAAAAGUACCCGUAGAUACAGGUUGCUAGAUCUGAAGUAUUUGCUAAAAUAUAUAAUUAAAGAUUGCAUAAUAACUUUCAUAAUUUAAAAAAACUUUUUUUUCAAGUAAAAAGGAUAAGUAAAGGAUUAUUUUUCCAAAACUAGAGAAUCAUACUCGACAACAGUUAACUUUCAAAAACCUCAAUAAAACUUUAAAUCAACUUUUAAAAAUCUCAAAUUAAACGUAACAAGCAAAAUGGUGAUGACACUUGUGAGACUCUUGUGGAUAAUAUUCUUCAGUCUCUGUGGCCUUAUCUUCAUCACAGGACUCAUUUUCUCAUUUAGAGCUGGACAAGAAUGUUUCUCCUGCAGAAUCCUUAUGAUUUGGAUAAUAUUCUUUAUAUUCUUUGCAUUUGCUAGUGUUUGCCUCUUUUUCGACAUGAAACCUGAAUAUGCUCCUCCAUUCCUGGAUUUCUUAUACGACACGAAAAUCUUUGGUGAAUAGGCAUUAAUCGUAAAACGAG